AGAAGAAUAGAUCACCCACCACUCUCUCCGUUUGAGAACUGACAACCAUCUGGCAGCUUAUUGUAGACAGAGCCAUGAGUUCCCCUUCUGGCGAUGUGUUGAUGGCCCAGCCUCCUGAACGCAAGAUGAGUUUUGAAGGGGCAGAGGGUAGACCAGUCCCACCCACCUCCCUGCCACUGCAGGGCCAAGAGGGCAGUGGCACUCAGAGGAAGAAGCUGUCCGCUCCUCGUAUUAGCCUGUCAUUGGACCAAAGUGAGGAUGACUUGUUUGACACACCAGAUGACCUCGACAUUAAUGUGGAUGAUCUGGACACACCUGAUGAGGCCGAUUACACUGACCAUGAAAUAGACUGGGAAGAGCCUAAAGCAUCUGAAAGGGAUUCUGUCAAAGAAACAUUCUCACAUGCAGAGCCCAUUCCCACAUACACUGCUGAAGAAGAGCGGCAGGAUGCCAAACUCUGGAGAACCGUCAUCAUUGGAGAACAGGAACAUCGCAUCAACAUGAAGUGCAUUGAACCUUACCAAAAAGUCAUUUCCCAUGGAGGCUACUAUGGCAAUGGUACCAAUGCCAUCAUUGUGUUUGCUGCAUGUUUCCUGCCUGACAGUGACAGAGAGGACUAUCAUGACAUUAUGGAAAAUCUUUUUCUGUUUGUCAUCAGUACACUGGAGCUCAUGGUAGCAGAGGAUUACAUGAUCGUCUACCUGAAUGGAGCCACUCCACACCGCAGGAUGCCUGGCCUCAACUGGCUCAAAAGAUGCUACCAGAUGAUUGACAGAAGGCUAAAAAAGAACUUGAAAUCUUUCAUCAUUGUUCAUCCAUCAUGGUUUAUCAGGACAAUUUUAACCAUCACUAAACCAUUUAUCAGCUCAAAGUUCAGCAGUAAGAUCAAGUACGUGAACAGCUUAGCAGAACUAGAGGAACUCAUACCAAUGGAGUACGUCCACAUACCUGAAUGCAUCAUCAGUGAAGGAAAACAGCCAACAAGUGUCCAGCGUGCAUGGGAACUCCUUCAACUAAAGGCUUAUGAUUACUGUAAAUGUUUGAAAUUAGUUUUGUAGACAAAAAUAAAUUGUGCCUUCUGUAUGAUUUUAUUUUUAUUUAUUUUUUUAAAUGGGUGAGAAUACCAUUUAAUAAGCAUUUCAAAUAAUAUAGAGAGAAUGCUCAGAGUUUGGAGAGUUCUGAAGCUAUAAUCUAGUUUUCAUUUGUUUAACAUUUUUGGUCACUUUAUAAUUCCCAUACUUGCAUUUGAGUUAUUUCAAGGUUUUGAUCACUUUUAUCCUAAAAUUUGGAAAAUGCAGUAAUAAGUCCAAAAUUUUGACUGGUAGAGUAUAACUGACAUACAUAUUAAUGUGUAGCAUUGCAUCUUUGCCAUUAGAAUAUACGGUAUGAGAGUAAACAGGGGAACCCUAAAGGCACUUACUGUAUCAUUUGUGCAUACAAAGAGAGAGAGAAGGUCGCUGACAGCUUUAGCUGUUGAAGAGGUGUUGACUGUGUUUGUGAGAAUCUGUGCAGAAGUUGUGACUGUAUAAUUUAAAACCUGUGAAUGCAUGUUUCAAUGGGAACAGACAUUUAAAAAGCUGGGCACCAUUAUAUACACUAUGUGCAGAUGUACACAUGUACUUUACCAGGGAUUCCCAACUAUUUGUGUCUGUUGAACCCUGAACCAUGUAUGAUGUUUAAUUUUUGACACCAUUUCCCACUUCAUACUUCCCUCCAGGCUUUUAUCUAUUGGUAUAUCUCACACUGUUCUUUCCUGGUUUGAAUCGUAUCAGUAUGGCAAAAGUACCUUAUAUCUAUAGGUCAACAUACAUCCCCCUGUGCCCCCAUUUCUCAAGGUGUCCCCCAAGGUUCUGUCCUUGGUCCUCUUCUGUUCAUCAUCUAUCUGCUCCUUCUUGGUUAUAUUACUCGUUGUCAUGGUCUUCGCUAUCACUGAUGAAACACAGAUUUAUCUAAGCAUGUAUUAGAAGCAUGUAUCAUUGACAUUAAGAAGUGGAUGAACUAAAAUUGUAUCAAAUAAACCCUACUAAGAUAGAAAUAAUGCUUAUUGGACCUCAAACUGUAAUUUCCAACUAUUCCAGUUUCUCAAUCGAUGUUGAUGGAGUUAAGACUGUCCGUAACCUAUGCAUUACAUUCGACCCCUUCCUCAACUUCGAAGCCCACAUCAGCUCCAUUACUUGAACUGCUUACUACCAUCUACGUAACAUAGGUCAUCUUGCCAUAUCCUUAAUCAGCAAGAUGCUGAAACUCUGGUGCAGGCCUUUAUCACCCCAUGCCUUGAUUACUGCAAUGCCCUUCUCAAUAGGCUUCCUUUUAAAACUAUUUCCAAACUUCAGUACAUUCAAAACUCAGCAGCGAGAGUCCUUACCCAUGCCUUAUGAUUCUCCCAUAUCACACCCACCGUAUAAUGUACACUGGCUUCCUGUCUCAUCCCGUAUUUAUUACAAAAUCCUCCUUCUGACCUUUAAAUCCCUUCAUGACCUUUCGAGCUGCUUCUUCCUUACACCCCACUCUCAGGUCCUCUGAUUCAAGCCUACUCACUGUAUCUUGUUUCCAGCUUUCUACCAUGGGAGGCAGAUCUUUUGCUGUCAUGGCUCCCAAACUUUGAAAUUUACUCCCACAGACCCUUCGUGACAUCACCUCUAUCACUACCCACAAAACUCUGCUCAAACCUCACUUAUUCUCACAGUACUACUCCUCUGAAUGUUAAUUUUGAUUUACUGUUGUCUCUGCAUUGAUACUAAUCAUUAAUUUUGUAUUGCCAAUUGUUUACCUUUUCUCAAUGUGCUCAUUUACUCCACUUUUGUUUUCUUUUUUCAUGUCACUGUUUCUGUUGUAUACAGAAUGUCUUUUUUACCCUUAUGUUUUUAUUUCUGUCUUAAUUUUGCAUUGUAAAGUGUCCUUAACCCUCAUAUUGUCUUAAGAAACUUCACCCUCCUUUUGUCCUUCACGUCAUUUUUGAUCUGUAUUGAAAACCAUUCAAAAUGCAUAAAUUGUUGAUUAGUGUACAACAGCACUAAAGACCCUCCCUAAAGACACCCUUAACAAAAAUCUUUUUACUGUGGGCCCAAAUUCUAUAAUAAUAGAGAGAAAAUAUAAUAUAUUGAAUAUGGAUUAUAUGGCAAAUAUUGGUCUCAAUUUUUGUUAAUUUCAAUCACUUUUAGCAUUCUAUAAUAUCUCAAUUUUAUUACAACAAUUUCUAAUUUGUUUUGCUUGUAGAAAAUCAUCAGUGUACAUUUUAGAGUUACAAUUUUAGUAUAUGACUAUUUCACAAAUGAAUCUCUAUUGCCUUUUCCAUCAGUCAAAAUGGGCCCACUUUGCACAUCCAUUGCAACAAAUCUUUUUAGCCCCAUUAUACCCCAUUGUACCUUAUCAUAUAAAUUAAUGUUAGUAAACUUAAUUACUUGCAUAUUACUUGCAACAUAAAUUGUAAAAAAAAAACAACAACAAAAAAAAAAACUCUCUGUGUGUGUGUUUGUGUGAACAUGUGCAUGUGUGCGCAAACCCUGUUUGAGAAGAAAAUAUGCAAUUUGUGGGAAAGAUUCAGUACCCAGUGGAGCAGGUGGGGAAGCUAGAGAACAGUUUGGGGCUAGGAGCUAAAUUUGAAAAGGUUUUAAAUAUUUUUUUAGAUCAAAUUUGAUUAAUAGAUGUAUAAAAAGCUAUUUAAAGUGGCAUAACAUCCAGAACGUCAGAAGGUGAAAGGUCACAACUGGUUCUUCCCAUACAUGUCAAAAUUGACCCGUUAAGAAAAAGGAAGGAAAAAUCUUUUUAAAUUGUUAUUUCUCUUAAACAAUUAUAUACAAAAUUAAUUGUAUUUUGUUUGUUUUGAUAGUCUUGACAAAUUCACAACAUUUGAUUCCGGUACCAAAAAUUAUGCGGAAUUUAUAACAUUAAAAAUGUCAAAAUGUUUGUUUAAAAAAUGACCCAAAGACAAUAGGAGGGUUAAGCUUUAGAAAUGUGCAAAAUAAAUAAUAAUAAUAAUUUAUAUUAUUAUUUAAAUAACCUUCUGAGAAUUCAAGUAAUGUUCUAACCUUUCAAUAAAUAUAUUUAAUAAUAUUUUUAAUCCCUCUUUUUUUUGUAUAUAAGAUAUACAGUAUUUGUCUUUUUUUUUUUUAUUCAAUUUUUUUUAUUUUUAUUUCAAGACCCCAUGAAAUUGACUUUUGUGGCUUUCAAUGUCUGUCAGUUCUGAGGCCAUCCAGUGCCGUUUCUGAGCAUAUGGGGGCCCUAAGUGAAUUCCUAAUUGGAGGUCCCCCAUACACCCCCCAGCACACACCCACACCCACAUACCCGGAUCCAGGCCCACCCAAGAAUGAGACCACAAUACAGUCUUCAACAAAUCUGAAUAUAUUUGCUCAAAUUGAAAUAUAUUAUACACACAACUGCAAUAAAUAAAUAAAUAAACAACAACAAUAAAUUACCAAUAAAUAACUAUACAAAUUAACAAUAAAUAACUAUAAAUAACAAUAAAUAACUAUAUACAAAAAAUAGAUAAUAUAAAAAAAAACGACCUUGCUUUGUGGGGUCCCAUGAUGGCUUGGGAGCCCUAAACGGUUGCUUAUACUGCUUGUAGCCAACAGCCUUGAGACCAUCUAUAUGCUAGUGCACUCUUAAAUGUUGACAAAAUAAAUCUUUAUCACAUACAUUUAUUUAAAAUGUACAGUUUUUCUCUUUCAAAAAAAAAAAAAAAAAAUGAAAUUGAAACUAUGAAAUUCGUUUAGUCAACUAAUUCAUGGGUUCUUCCUUUUGCAUUGGCUUUUUAUCUCUUUAUCUUAUCUUUAUCUCACAAAACCCUGUGCUGAUCCAUCAUGAACCCCUGUUAUAUUAAACCAUGUGUUCUUUGUUUCCUUUUGCAUCUACAU